UUCAAAUCGAUGGACACGGACGGCGACGGCAGAAUUAGGUUUGCUGAGUUCAAUCAGUUCCUUCACUGGAGCGGCUACGGCUUUGUCGACCGCAACUGGUUCGUGCACCUCGACGCCAACCGCGACGGCUGCCUCGACUUCUGGGAAGUCCUCACCUUAUACUACGUCCUCAAGACCAGAGGCGUCUGGUGCGCCCAAUGCCACACCCAGCUCCACGGGCUCUACUUCACUUGUGUCGAGUGCUUCGACGCUGCUUGCUCCUACGAUCUCUGCUCUGACUGCUACUCCCAUCGCAAUUUCAGCCACUACCACAGCCUCUUCUUGGAUAGCUUCGUUCUGCUGAGAAGCAAGUUGGGAACCCCCGGACAGAAUGUAAAUAUGGCAAUCACUCAACCAGCUCAAAACGAAAUUAGUUCCAAUUCUGCGAAUUUUUGGCUCAAUGCAUUGGAUGUGGCGCUUAGUGUCGCGAAUAUUGCCCAGACUCUCGCGGCUGGAUGUAGCAUUAUGUGACACAAGCUCGAAAAGUAACAGUAAGAGGCCGGUUAGAUAAAGAAUCAAUGGUUUAGAGCAUUGGAGUUGGCGGUUGGUGUCGGGA